AUGUCUCUCUCACUGCCCUCUUCCUCCGCCGCUGCUGCUGCUGCUGCGGCGGCGGCGUCAACAUCGGGGUCAUCGUCUUCUCCAGCGGCCGCUUCGUCUUCCUCCGCGACAACGUCCUGGUUCUCCGGAAUCGUUCGCGGACGUGGUGAGAAAUCCGGCACCUCGAAGCUAUCUAAAAGCGCUUCCAUGGCGGGAACCGGAAGCGGAAGCGGCGAUUACGGUGGGCCGAUCAAAGGGAAGAACCAAUUUCGCGGAGUUUUGUUCAAAUACGGUCCCAAAGCAAUUCAGGUGGCUUUUAAGACUGGAGAGUAUAAACAACAAGUGAUCUUUAUCGGUGGAUUAACUGAUGGACUUUUAGCUACUGAUUACUUGGAACCUCUUGCAAUUGCUCUGGAUAAAGAGAAAUGGUCACUUGUUCAACUUCUGAUGUCGUCUUCAUAUACUGGAUUCGGCACUUCCAGCUUAAAACAAGAUGCACAAGAGAUCGAUCAGCUUAUAAGUUAUCUCAUCAACAAAGAGAACUCCGAGGGCGUUGUUCUGCUUGGUCAUAGCACUGGCUGUCAGGACAUUGUGUAUUAUAUGGGAACAAAUGCUGCUUGCUCUCGAGCUGUCCGAGCUGCAAUUUUGCAGGCACCAGUCAGUGAUAGAGAGUACAAAGCAACACUUCCUGAGACAGCAACUAUGAUAGAUUUGGCUGCAAACAUGAUAAACGAAGGCCGAGCAGAGGAGAUAAUGCCUAGAGAAGCUGAUCCUUGUGCUCCAAUCUCUGCUUAUAGAUACCACUCCCUCUGCGCUUACAUGGGGGAUGACGAUAUGUUUAGUUCUGACCUCAGUGACGAUCAGUUGAAAACUAGACUUGGCCAUAUGGCUAACACACCUUGUCAGGUGAUUUUCUCCAUGGGUGAUGAGUAUGUACCGGAUUAUGUCGAUAAAAAGGCACUGGUUAAUAGAUUAAGCAGAGCGAUGGGAGGAGCAGAGAAAGUGGAGAUAGAGCAUGGGAAUCACUCUCUCUCCAAUAGAGUGCAUGAAGCUGUCCAAGCCAUUAUUGGUUUUGUCAAAAGAGAAGGACCUAGCGGUUGGGAUGAUCCUUGGAGCUAA